AUGAAGAGUCAAAAGUCCAAUUCAAUAAACGAAUAUUCUUCUUUUACAAAUUUAUUAUUUCAACAACAUCAUUUAUCAGCUUUUUCAAUUCCAUCACCAAUAAAUAAAACACAAAAUGUUAUUAAACAAUCUACUAAUCAUACAAAUCUUCCAAUCAUUAAUAAACAUUCAAAUCUAUCACGACAAAAUUAUAAUACAUCAAUAAAACAAUCGUCUAGUAGUAGUAAUUCAGUACAAUUAAAUUUACAACCAUUUAUUAAAGAAAAUGAAACAUCUGUUCAUCGAUCAUUUUAUGCUCAAUUAUAUAAUUUAAUGUGCUCAAAAUUAUCAAAUAAAAUACCUUAUAAUAUGAAUAAUAAUAAUAGUAAUAAUAAUAAUAGUUUGUCGAAUAAACCACGAUAUUCCCCCUAUCCAAUUCCAUCAGAUUUUGAAAGAAACAAAUUAGUAAAUGUAUUCAAUAAACCAUACUCUUCAACACAUACCAAUAAAAUCAAUAUUAAUCAGAUUGAACAUGUAACCAACUUUAUACAAUGUUCCAAUAAUCCCGGUCAAACUAAAACACAGAUUUCAAAAGUUUAUGAACAUAAUAAAAAAAAGAAAACUUUAUCAUUGAAUACAAAUCAAUCAAUCAAUAAUAAUAAUAAUAAGGAUCAGUAUCAAAAUUCAUCAAUAAAUGUAUGCUCAUUAAACCGAUGUAACAGUUGUCCAUCAGUAAUCAUUUCCAAUUCAUCAUCAUUAUGUUACUUAAAUAAUCCCUGUAAAAAUUUAAAGUUUCGUAGUACAAGUUAUGAUUCAUUAAUAAUGGAAAAACAAAAUCACUUUAAAAGAUUAAAUGAGUUAAAUAAUUUUCAAUAUAAUUCACUGAAUCAUCAAUACUAUCAUCAAUAUCCAUCAAAAAUGUCUUCAUCUUGUUCAAUACCUACUUCAUUACUAUUUGAUUCAUUGAAACAAAAUGUUGUUCAGAAUCAAUCUAUUAAAUACAGUCAAUAUAAUGUAAAUAAUGGAAGUAAUUCAAUAAAUUGUAUAAAUUACACUGAAACACCGGUAUCAUUUCUUAAUAAAUGUACUAAUGAGAUGAAUAAAGUGAAUAAUAUUCAUGAGGAAAAUAAUAUUGAUAGUAAUAAUAAUAAUAAUAAUAAUAAUAAUAAUAAUAAUAAUAAUAAUAAUGAUAAAUCAAUGCAGACACCAAUACGUGAAACGUUUCUACAUUAUUACUGGGCAUAUUAUUAUGAAGAAUUAAUGCGUUAUUAUAUUCAACAUCAAAUAUCAACAAUGAACAGUUGUUCUACUAAUUAUAGAAAUCCAAUGAAUACUACUAUAAUUCCUACAACUAAUAAUUCACAAUCAUGUGCAUAUACUCAACCGAAAUCAACUAUAUUGAAUAGCAAUAAUAAUAAUAAUAAUAAUAAUAAUAAUAAUAAUAGACAUUUUAAUAACCAUAUUACUGAUUCAUUGAGAUCACCUGUUACACAAUAUAAUACAGUGAAUUACAUUGAUCAUUCCAAAAACUAUGAAAAAGAAUCUAACAGAAAACAAUUCCAAACAGAGAACGAUUUUAAUACUUUAGAAAAUUAUGAUAAAUUGAAAAAUGUUAAUAGUAUUAAGAAUACUACUAAUACUAGUAGUAGUAUAAGUAGUAAUUAUUAUAAUGUUCAUCAAAUUAGUGAAACAAUGAAUACUUUUCAUGUACCAGAAAAAGUACAAUUUGAGAAUUUAAUAAAUUUACGAAACAAUUGUGUUUCAUCAUAUAGACAAAAUGAUCUAAUAUGUAAUAAAAACUAUAUGACAUCUAAUGAAUUGAUUCAACAGAAAAAUAAGCUUCCCAGUCAGAAACCUUUUGACAGUGGCAUUGAAAAGAGAAAUAUUGUACAAACAACAAAUCAUCAAGAUUUAUGUAUGAGAACACCUCCUUUUUCUGUUGCUGGUAGUUUAAGUACCACUGAUAUUAACCAUAUUAGUAAUGAACAACAUAUAGUACCAUCGGAUAAUCAAUAUUUCAUAAACCAGUCGGAUAAUAAUAUUAGUAAUAUACAUAAUUCUCCUGGAAUGAAUAAACGCACUCGGUUACACCGCGACUUACAUUCUUUGCGUUUGUCACCUGUUGUCAAAGUGUGUAGUGAUAAUAUUGAUGGUAAAACAAAUAAUGACAAAAUUUUAGAACUACGUCAAUAUUCACCUUCAAAAAAACUAUCAUCUUUAUCGUCACCAUCGGCAGCGUCAUCAUCGUCAUCACCAAACAUCAGUGUGCCGUUCUCGAAUAUGAUGCCCUCUUUAACAGCAUUAUCAUCACGAUCAUCAGUACUAUCGCCACAAACAAAAUUCUGUCGAUCAAUAUCCAUACCGCUGGAUAAUCCCAGCGGUUCAAUGACAUUAAAACGUGAUAAUAAACGUAAUGAUACAUGUGAAUAUUGCGGUAAAAUAUUUAAAAACUGUAGUAAUUUAACUGUACACAGACGUAGUCAUACAGGUGAAAAACCAUAUCAAUGUAAAUUAUGCAAUUAUGCUUGUGCACAAUCAUCCAAAUUGACAAGACAUAUGAAAACGCACGGAAAAGAUGGUAAACCGAGAUAUUUGUGUAAAUAUUGUCAUACACCAUUUAUAGUACCCUCGACAUUGGAAAAACAUAUGCGUAAAUGUAUGCAUGCAAAACACGCAUUAGGAUCACAUACUAUUACACGUCAUAAACAAAUGUUAAAACAAAAUUCCCCUGGAAAAUUUAUACAAUCUUGGCUAGUAGCGGCAGCAGCAGCGGCUACAUCUGGAUCUUCAACUGGAAUGUCAACAAGUAUUGUAGAAAAUGAAGGAUAUCAAAAUGAUCCCAUAAACUAUAAAUUAAACAAUUACAAAAAAUUGAAAUCACGUGCUUCUCCAAUUAAUACAAUGGUAAUGACCAAAACAACGACAGAUCCUUUAAUGACAACAAAUAAAGAUAUGACAGUUACAUGUACAACAAGAACUACUGAUCGCAUUCGAAAAAGAUUAAAAUAUACCAGUUUACAUCACUUAAAUAAAUUAUCGAAUAAAGCAAUCAAUUCUUCAAUUCAUUAUUUACUUCCCUUUUUACAAAAUAAUAAUAAUAAUAAAUAUUAUUCAACUAGUAAAAAUGUUCCAUUCGAUAUUGAUUCACAAUUUAAACAUUGUUCUAAUGAUUAUAACACUAUGAUGUGUGAAAAGAGUCAGCUGAAACCUUCAUUCACUUCUGGAUCCUAUAAACAUUUAACUAAAGAUAUUGAGAGUAGUAAUAUUAGUGACAAAGUUAACUUAUUCCCAACAUCAGUUUUGUCCUAUACUGAUCAUAUAACAUCAGUUAAACAAUCAACAAUGAAUACUAAUCAUUUAUUUGUCCCACCACCUGGUAUACCGAAUUCCUUAAUGAAAUCAUCAAUUUCACCUAUAAUAACAAACAAUAUGGCUUCAUUUUUAGACACGAUAAAAGUGAAUACUUCCUUGUCAAAUAAUCACCAUCUUACUGAAAAUACUAAAUCUAUCAACCAUAUUAAUGCUACUUCUACCAGUAGUAGUAACAAUAAUAAUAAUAAUGAAAGAAAUUUAUCAUUUUCAAUGUCUAAAAUUCUAGAUAAUUCUCGAAAUACAAAAAUAUUACCGAUUAAUUCAAAUUCAUCAGUUCCAUCUUCAACAUUAUACAUCUGAAAUGUACCAAAAAAAAGAAAGAGAACAACACCACCAACAACAAGAAAGACGCACAUUUAACAAAAAAAAAUAAUAUUUUUUAUGUAUUAACUUAGAUUAUCAUACUUUUAUUAUAAGUAUAAUUAUUAUUUACUGUUUCAAAACAAUAUCUAUAUUACUGAUAAUAAUUAUAAUAGUAGUAAUAUGAUUAUUAUUAUUAUUAUUAUUAUAAAUGAAAAGAAAAUACUACUGUGAUUUGUUUAUGAAUUGAUUAAUUUCACUUCUAAUUCUAAUCUUUUUUUCAUUAUAUCACUUCUUAUUAAAUCUUUUUUUCCUUUUUAGUUAACUAAAUAAAACCAGUGACAAUACUACUUAUUAAUUAAAUACAUUCUAGAUUAAGUAAUAUAUAUACGUAUAUACUUAUAAACAAACAUUUUUAACAAGAUACCUUUGUCUCUUCCCAGUUGGCCAUCAUAAGCAUUUCUUAUUUUUAAACAAGAAAAUGUACUCUCAAUUUGUUUAACUAAUUAACUAACUAACCAACUAACCAACCAACAAAUGACUUAUUUAUUUAUUUAUUUAAUAGAAGUGUAAACAACAUUGUUUGUUUUUCAUUCCAUAUGAUGCUAAUAUUAUUUUUAUCCACUUACAAAGAAAAGAAAAUAUACUGAAACUCUUGGAACUGCUUUUUCUAAACAAAAAAAACUAAAAAAAAAACCAACAAAUAAUUUCACUUUGCAAAACAAAACAAAACUUGAGAUGUUAAUUACUAUAUGAAAUAAUAUGCAAU